AUUCACUUUGUAUCAUGACAAUAUUGGCUUAGCCUGCUCGGCCAUAUCACCAUCAGUAGCAGCAUGUGGUUUUGGAAAAAGCGAUAUAAAACGCUCGAGAUCCUUUCCGUAGAAGAACAGUAUCCAGCAAAUACCUUCCAGAUAACUUUCCAGACAUAAUACUCAAGCGGGCUCCUAGUCAACAAACGAAACUCAAAAUGAAGUUCGCAACUGUGCUCUCCCUCGGCCUUGUCGGCACUGCUUUUGCCUUUCCCAGCACUCCCGUCAAGCGCGAGGCAUCCCUUGUGCAGCGGGACUAUCCUACCAUAUCUUCUGCAAUCGCUGAUAUCCAGAGCAAGACAUCUGCCCUGGAUACUCAGGUCAAGAACUACCAGACAACCGCCAACAGCGCCGCGGUCCAGUCUGCAUCCGACAACGUCCUCGCUUCAAUCAACAACGGCAAUAGCAAGAUUGCCGCCGGCACCAGUGUCACUCUGGCAGAAGCUUACCAGAUUGGGAACCAGGUCGAUGGCUUGACAAAGGUAUAUCAACUCACCAUACAUAGGAGAUGGGAGAAUUGCGGCUAACCGGGACAUAAAGGUUGUCAACGGGACCGUCGACGACGCGAUCGCGAAGAAGGCAACAUUUGUCAAGAACAAGGAUGGCGGCAAAGUGUACAAGGCAUUCAAUGACCAGAAAGCCGCUGCCACCAAGCUGGGAGCGACCAUAAAAUCCAAGGUGCCUGAUUCGGCGAAGAACCUGGCCGACCAGAAAACUAAGGCCAUCGUUGAUGCGCUCAACCGUGGUGUUUCUGCUUUCCAGGAUCAAGCCAAUGCUUAGAGUAUUUGUCUUGUGUCUGUCUCUGAUGACAGUGGACAUCUGGUCUAGGAAUCAUCACAGGAACGAGCUGA